CCUCUUCAUGCUGCCUCACUGCUCCUACAGCUCUGAGGGCAGACCGGUCUGCCCUCAGAGCUGCGACUGUUCGUUUAAUAAUGUCGUCCUGUGCACAGGCGACAUGGUCACGGACAUACCAAAGGAGAUGCCCCCUCAGACAUACGAGCUGUACCUCAACAACACAAACAUGAAUGUUAUAAACGAUCGGAGCCUGGUAAACCUGGAUUUCAUGCAGCGCUUCGGUCUGACUCACAGCCACCUACACACAAUCCGACCGCUGGCGUUCCACGUCGCUCCAAAGCUCCGGUUCAUCAAGCUGUCGUCCAACGACCUCACCACGCUUCCCGCUCUAGUGUUCGGUCCGCUGACCAUUCUAGAGCAGCUGUUUUUAGAUGGCAACCAGCUUGAGACCAUUUCUCCAGAAAUAUUUAAGAGGCUUGUGAAGUUGCAGGUUCUGGACCUGGGCCGCAACAAACUGAUGGAUCUCCCUCCGUAUGUUUUCGAUGGACUGACCGAACUCACCUAUCUCAACCUUGCCAGGAACCACUUAAAGAGGCUUUCUCCCACCAGCUUUCACUCCUUGGUCAACCUUCUCAAACUAUACAUGUACAACAAUAGACUUGAGGCGCUGGAGUCUAAGAUGUUUGAUGCACUCAUCAACCUCCAGGAGCUACUGAUCGACCACAACCAGAUCGCCAGGCUCCCGCCGCUUCUGUUCCAUCCACUGACGAACCUGACGAGUCUCACUUUGUCCUCCAACCAACUUCAGGCUGUCCCCCCAGAAACCUUUUAUAACAUGCCCAAGCUGGGCAAGCUGACCCUCUACAACAACCCCUUGCUUUCCCUACCACACCAGCUGAUGGGUCACAUGCCUAAGAUAACAGAAUUGUAUCUGUACUCCACAAAACUCACUACUGUUCCUGGGAAUUUAUUCAGCAACAUGUCCGGGCUGUUGAUGCUUCACCUCCAUUUAAAUCACCAUCUCAGAGAGUUGCCCGCAGACCUUUUCUGUUGUCUCCCCCACCUCAAGAAGCUCUCGCUGAAAUACAACGACCUCCACUAUCUACAUCCUCAGCUGUUCUCCAAACUCACCUCACUGAACGUGUUGGUUCUGAGCGGCAACAGUUUGCAGAACCUAACCGAAAACCUUUUUCAGGGCCUCGAAGAGCUUCAGACCAUUGAUUUGAAGGAUAACGACCUUAAGACUCUGCCGGGAGAUAUCUUCUUGUCAAAUGAAGCGUUGGGCACUCUGACUCUGAUUGGCAACCCCUGGGAUUGCACGUGCAGCAUCAGAGGUAUUGCAAGAUGGAUAAGAAGCAAUGCUCGCGUUGUCAUUGACAAAGGAAAUGUGACAUGUCGCAGUCCAUCUGACAAACGGCUCCGUAAAUUAGAAUCUUUGCAGGAUCAGGAGUUCAGUUAUUGCGAUGUUACCACUGAGUUUCCUGUAAAGAAAAACUUGCCUGCCUCAGCACAACCCUUCCACGCCAUCUCAACCAGUCGAUUGGCCUCAACAACCACAUCACCAGCAACACAAUCCAGCACCAGUGAAGUCAUCAUACCAUCAUUCACCAAACCUGUAAAUUCAAUCACCUCUGAUGCCGCGACAUCCUCCCUCCACACUGUACCCACCACUCUACCAAAAGAAGAGCUCCCUCUCAGUACCGAGACUCACAUGAGCUAUCAGCCGUCACAGGUUUUCCAUGACAGGCUGGUGAUCGAGCAGGGGCCGGAGUAUGUUCACCACAACCACCACAGGGGCUGGGUGUUGGUGUGGUUUCUGCCCUCAGACACAGCCUGGGCUGGGUUCCUGAUGUUCUGUCACAUACUUCUCGCGACCACAGGCCUGUUCCUCAUUCUUGCUGCCAUGUAUACUUUGUGUCGCCUCGACAACACCAUGGAUAAGCUGAAGGCCGAGUGUACACGAAAGAGAAACAUGGACCUGCCACUGACCCUUCAGGUGUUCCUUCUCCUCUGUUCUCUAAAUGCUGUUGUUUGGGCUUGUCCAGUUGGAUGCAAAUGUCAAACAAGCAAAAUACUCUGCAGUGGCCUCUCAGACUUCCCCACACCUCUGAACUCAUCUACCACUGCCCUCUACAUCUCCAACUCCAGUAUCUACUCUCUGAAACCAGAGGACCUGGGUGUUUUCUCUAACGCCCUCAACAUCUUUGUGAUUAAAGACACUGUUCUGAAGGAGGUGCACCCUGGCACACUUGAUGCUACUCCAAAUAUAGGUGCCUUGGGGUUUACUGGCACGGAACUGCAAGAUCUCCCAGAGGCCUUAUUCCAAAAUCUUCAGAGUCUUGAGUCUCUGACUCUAAAGAGCAACAAACUCCUGGUACUCCGCCCUCAUUGGCUUUCCUCUCUGAAGAAUCUGAAAGUUCUUGACCUAAGCAAGAAUCUUUUCACUUCUGUACCUUUUGAAACUUUUAACACUCUCACUCAGCUAAGUUAUCUUUUACUUUCCGGAAACAAUAUCAUUCAACUGCCUGUGGAAACAUUCAUGGGUCUUUUUAAGCUUAAAAUCCUUCGGCUUAGUAAAAACUCCCUACAGGAACUCCCUGCUGGCAGUCUGGAUGACCUUGGCAAUCUGGAGGAACUAUCCCUAAAUGACAAUCUAAUCACUCACCUCCACCGUGAUCUGUUCUCUAACACUCGGAAGCUCCAAAAGCUGUUCCUCUCUAACAACAGGCUUACAUCUCUUCCACUCGGGAUCUUUUUAAACCUUCCCCUCCUCUCCCAGAUGUCACUGUAUGAAAAUCAGCUGGAGAGUCUGGGUCCAGGGGUCUUUGGGCCCAUGCCCUUGCAGGAGCUGUGGCUAUAUGACAACAAGCUCAGACGUUUGGAGGAUGACACCUUCAGAAAUCUGACACAUUUGCGUCUGCUGGUGCUGAGCCGCAACCAGAUCAACUACGUUUCUUCCGGGACCUUCAGGGGGUUGGAGAAGGUGGGGGAGAUAUCACUCCACACCAAUCUGCUCACAACCUUGCAAUCUGGGACUUUCCAAGGUCUUCCCAGCCUGGUCAACAUUUCCCUGGAGCAUAACUUCAUCAGCUCCCUCCCUGUGGGUUUUCUGCAGGGCGUGACCCAUCUUGGAGAGAUAGACCUGCGAAACAAUUCCUUCAACAGCAUGCCACAGGAAAGUCUGGAUGCACUCACCGUGACAAAUGAAGUGCUCCUACAGCAGAAUCCCUGGAGGUGUGAUAAAGAUAUUCUGCCUCUAAGGGAUUGGCUGAGACAGCACCCAACCAAGGCCAACCAAACCCUUGUGGUGUGUGAAGUGCCUUUCGACCUGAACGGUGAGGUGAUCGCUCUGCUGACAAACGAGAACCUGAUGCCUCUCGGCUCUACCGAGGAUCCUGUGUUGACUUCGACGGAGAAGAGGAGGAAACCAAAUACCCCUCCAACGAGAAGAAGCACUGUCCCACCUGCUGUCAACACCAGGCCCACCUCGGAGCCUGAGGAAGUCACCAGAAGCGGACAGGGGGAACAGGGACCGGUUACUAAUUAUACUGCGAUAACCCUUAUCAUCAUCGCAGUAGUGUCCACUGUCAUCAUUAGCGUGAUCGUCAGCUGCAUGUGCUGGAGGAAGAACAAGAGAGGCAGAGGAAAUAUAGGCCGCAGAAAUAAGAACUCUGUGCUGUAGACCACCCAGCAUCAAUAACACAGGAACUUUUAAAGCCAAGGGAAACUGCUGGCUGAUUACUGAGGUCUGCUCACAAAAUCUGGAGCAUAGUGUUGAUUUUAGAGCUUCCAAGUCAUAGAAAGAACCGCAACAGCUCCUUCUUCUUCAGCUAGAACAAACAAGGAAACUGAUUUUCUUUUGAAUUAGUUAGCAUACCGCUUUGUUUACGUCCUGUGUGCUCUGAAAAGUGAUCUAUCAUCUUGCACACUAUCUGUAAAAACUAUUUUAUAGGAAAUUGGGAUUAUUUGGUGAAUGUAAAUUGAAAUGCAAAGAAACAGUGAGCUUCUUUUGACUGAACUGAGUACUCUGUUCAAUGCUCUUUCAUUAUUUUAUUAAUUAUUGCAGUUUGAAUUUUUGUGCUAACAAUACAUUUCAGCAACAGUUGUAAUCGUUGAAUGAGUAUCCAUGCUAAAUCAAAGAUGUAAUUGUUCAUCCAUUGUAAGAAAAUUCAGAGCAACAUGUUACUUUGCAAUGAAUAAAUGCACUGCUUUUA